AACAUCCAGCAAAAUAAUGGAUGGAGAGAGAAUUUACAGCACGAGAAACUCAUUCAGUGACGUCAUGCACGAAUGAAAGAUACAACCAUCGCUGACGUUGAUUGAUCCGUUCUGAAUGGAAACUGAUUCAGAAGAAGCAUUGCUGUUGUGCUUCGUGUCUUUGGGUUGCUGAUGUGACUGCUGACUCCUUUUUGAAAGCCCACGUGUUGUGUCUCCAACACAGUAGCGAGUGAUUCAUCAGGAAGAGGAUACUCACUUUAGAUUGCUUCGUUUUGUGCCUUGGUAGAGGAGUCACAAAUUCAUAAAGGAGAAAUUCCAUAUCAUCCCCCUUCAAUUAAUUAGUUGUUGCAACGAUCCACUGACAAUGAAAUCCACAUCUGCCUUGACUGCCUUUUUGCUGGUGGCAGCUGCUUCUACUUGCAGUGCCUUUGCCCCUGCGGCACGACCACUUUCGCUGCAAAGACAAUCUGCAUCUCCUGCACUAUUUUUGGCUGACAAGCCCACGGAAGAAGCUGUUUUCGUGCCUCCUCCAGAGGCAGCUGAUUCCUCCGAAGAAAAUGCCACUGAAGAAAAAGUAGAUGAAGAAGUUUUUGAUAAGGUAGAAAAGAUGGGAAAGGGAGCUGCCAAGGCGAAACGAGGCAAGCGAAAGAGUGGCAAGGGAGGAGCUCCUACUGGUGCCAAAAAAUCAGCGGCAUCAUUGGCUCCCGAAGAAGUGUACUAUGAGGGACCACCUGCCAUUACGGAAACCAUUGCUCCUACCAUCUCCAUUUUGACUGUCAUUGGAAUUGUUCCCGCCGCAGCCGCAUGGGCGCGACAAGCAUGGGUCCGCUACAAGAUCACAUCUCGCCGUAUUCGGGUCACUUCGGGUGUGGGAGGAAAUGACAUGUCCGAAAUUGUAUACCCCGAUAUCGUCGAAGUCAGAACGGCCAAGAGACUGUUUGGUGAUGGUGACAUGGUUGCGUUCCUGCGAGAUGGAGCCAAAUUCGAAAUUAGAAACAUCCCCGACUUUGAUGAAGCCAUGGAAUUCAUGUUGAAAUACAUGGACAAGGAGGUUGUCGAACAAUAUAGGCUUCAGGGAGAUGUCACCAAACCACCAGAGUAAGCACAGAGGUACUGCAGAAGAGCAAAUGAUAAACUGCACAACCACAGACUAGGAGACACCCGGAACAAAAACCAAAGACCAACAGGAGGUUCAUAGAGUGGUUUCCCUGAACAACAAUCUGCACGACCUACGAGGUGGGUACAGCUUGAACUGAAGUCAUGCCGUACUCUACCAGGUAUAAAUAGCUAAACAUUUUAAUUAAUGCACACAAUACAGAAGAG